AUGUCGGAAGCACAGCCAUUGCCUGGGAGAUGCAGGGAGUUGGUUCUGACGUGGCCCUCGCGGAACGAGCUCAAAGAGAAGGCCUUGGGCACAGCUUUAGGGCUCAUCACUUUUGCUGGAGCUGCUGGGCUGUUGUGGCGAUGGAGGAGCCAACGUGCUCGCAUCCUGAAUCGUCCUUUUGCCCUCAAGGAUUUGGCCGCAGGUGAGACCGUGGAGGAGAUUUUUGACUGCUACUAUCAGUGA